UUUCUUCACUUAAGUUUCCCCCCCAGUUGCCCAGUGGGACAGUUGGGUCUCAGCACCUCAAGCGGCUCCAUCAGCACCACAAGCCAACCAACAACAGUCAACCAGCCAUGAGCAAGUCCUACUCCUCCUCAGCACAGAGUGCCUCCUCGUACCGCCGCACCUUCGGCUCCGGUGUCGGCUCAACCCCAAUGUCUUCCCUCUUCUCCUCUGGCGGAGGAGGCCGCAGCUCCUCUUCAAGCCACAAGGCUUCCAGAGUCUAUGAGGUCAAGAGCAGUCCCUCUUAUUCCAGCUACAGGGUGUCCUCUGGGGCCGGAGGAGCUGGGUUCGGCUCCUCUACAGCCAUGCGCACCUAUGCCGGCGAGAAACUCGACUUCAACCUGGCUGAUGCCAUGAACCAGGACUUCCUCAACACAAGGACCAACGAGAAGGCCGAGCUCCAGCACCUCAACGACCGCUUUGCCAGCUACAUCGAGAAGGUGCGUUUCCUGGAGCAGCAGAACGCAGCGCUGACGGUGGAGAUUGAGCAGCUGAAGGGUCGCGAGGGGCCCGGGCGCGUGGCUGACAUGUAUGAGGAGGAAAUGAGGGAGCUGAGGAGGCAGAUAGAGGCCCUCUCCAACCAGCGCGCCCGGGUGGAGGUGGACAGAGACAACCUGGCUGAUGACCUGCAGAAACUCAAACUGAGACUGCAGGAGGAGAUUCAUCAGAAGGAAGAGGCUGAGAACAACCUGUCUGCUUUCAGAGCCGACGUUGACAAUGCCACUCUGGCCAGGCUGGACCUGGAGAGACGCAUUGAGAGUCUGCAGGAGGAGAUUGGCUUCCUCAAGAAGAUCCAUGAAGAGGAAAUCCGUGAGCUGCAGAGCCAGAUGCAGGACACUCAGGUCCAGGUCCAGAUGGACAUGUCCAAGCCCGACCUGACUUCUGCUCUGAGGGACAUCCGCGUGCAGUACGAGGCCAUCGCUGCCAAGAACAUCGCAGAGGCUGAAGACUGGUACAAAUCUAAGGUGUCUGAUCUGAGCCAGACCGUGAAUAAGAACAACGAUGCACUGCGCCAGGUCAAACAGGAGAGCAUGGAGUACCGACACCAGAUCCAGUCCUACACCUGCGAGAUCGACUCACUGAAAGGCACCAACGAGUCUCUGCUGCGCCAGAUGAGAGAUAUGGAGGACCGCAUGGGCCGCGAGGCUUCUGGUUACCAGGAUUCUAUCACACGGCUGGAGGAGGACAUUGCCAAGAUGAAGGAUGAUAUGGCCCGCCACAUGAGGGAGUACCAGGACCUCCUCAAUGUGAAGAUGGCCCUUGAUAUUGAAAUUGCCACCUACCGCAAGCUGCUGGAGGGAGAGGAGAGCAGGAUCACUACCACUGCGCCUGUCCAGAGUGCUUAUUCCUCCAUUGGAUUCAGAGAGACCAGUCCUGAGUCUCAGCAUCAGCGCUCAUCAGAGGUUCACUCCAAGAAAACUGUUCUCAUCAAGACCAUCGAGACCCGCGAUGGAGAGGUGGUCAGCGAGUCCACACAGCACCAGCAAGACAUCAUGUAAACAAGAAGAGGCAACAUUAGAAACACUGUAUGUAAUAAAUUUAAAAAAAAAAGAUAACAUAGUGCAACCAUUUACAUUUUCCGACCACUGCCAUGACGAUUGAUAAGCUGAGCCCAUUUUUAGAUACAGAACUCUGAUCAUUUGAAAUGGAAACACAAGACUAUAAAAGUGAACGCAACCAAUAAACAUCUUUAGACAAUGUACUGUAUACAUAAUAAACAGGAUAGAGGCGCUAUGGAUGUGCAACGCUCUGCAUUCCAGGAAUGUACACGUUCGUGUUACUCCAUCUCUCAAAACUGUGUCAUAACUUGCCUACAAGUAUAUAUUUCAAAGGUGAAUGUGCAGUUUAAAUUCACAACAAGUGUGUUGUUGUAUUGUCCCAGUAUCUACAAUAAGGUUUGUAGGGUGCAAGACAGAUCAGUUGUUCCUGAAACACCAGGGUUAAAAAAUGAAAAGUUGUAACAGUAAUUUUCACUGCAGCCACUAUUCCCAGUCUUUCUAUGCAAAUACAUAAGUAUAUGACUUGAUUGAGGAGGGCUUUGAUUUGUGUAACUGAUUCAAGGAAAGUGAAAUGUUGGUUUGAGGUUUGAAAUAUAUCAGAAACAUAAACAUCUGAUGAAAAGGGAACUCAGUCAUGUUUAAAGUUUGAGCUCAAUGUGCUGGGUAUUUCAUUGUGUGUAUGGGUAACCAUGAUAUGAUGCUUCACUGUGACAAAUAUCUCAUAUAAUAAAUAAAUCUAUCAUCA